AUGAACGUCUCCUUGGUGCAGCCGUCUUCUGAUCGAUUAAACCGCCUGUCUGGAAUUCCACUUGACAUAAUCCUCCACCAUCUAGACCUUGCAACCUUCACCAACUUGCGUCUCACUUCACGCCAGCUAUCUACCAACACUAUCCACUCUCGUUUCUUCAGAUCCGCCAAGACCGAUGUAUCGCUGGCUAGUCUACAAUCUCUUGCAGAUAGACCAGCCGAAGCUACUGUUCUAACAAGACAGAAAUGGUCUGGAUUCGACAAGGACGAAUUGAGGCGUGAUACAGAGAAUUAUCGUCGACACGUCGAGGAUCUAUGCGAGAGGAACGUGGCUUGUACAAAUGAAGAGGUACAAGAGGCGCAGCGAGAUCUUGCUUGGCUAAAGACAAGAAUUGAACAAGAUACAAACACGGACGUCAGCAAGGUCACUGACUUGCUAUCAAGCAUCUUUAUAAAUGCUACCAAUCUCCGGGCUAUCACUCUAGAUGCCUGCAUCAUCGCAGGUCUUACCAAAACCUGCCAACCUGCAGAACAUCACAAAUGGUAUCGAUCCGCCAGCCAGAACUCAAGUUGGCCUUCAGUCUGGUCAGCAGCAUCUCAAACCUUCCGCAUAAUCACCUCAGCCAUAUCCCGCAGCAGGAUCCAGCUUGAAAAACUCCAGAUCUUUCCCGGCACGCCGCUAUGCAGUGUGCAGCUGAGACACGUUGAAGAUCAUUUGAGAACGCUGGACUCAGAUGGCUUCAGUGAUGCUUGCAAAAGCAUCCAAUCUUUCGAGCUAAGCUUCUCAACACUAAGAAAUAUUGAAGGAACAUCGCUUGGCAAGGCAGAGUGUCUUUUUCGCGAUGCCUUUGCAGCAAGGUCUGCCUACAGGCGUAAUCGACAUCUUGAGUCUGAUGCAGAAGACUUCACAGGCGUAGCAACGAUUCUUACAAAGAUGUCCAAUCUCGCGUCUCUGGAUCUUCACCUUUAUCAUUUGGACCACAUCAUUCUUCCCAGAUACACCAAGGUCUUUUCUCGUAUCAGCCAAAGUGUUAGUCUCGGCUGUCUGAAGGACCUUUCUCUACGCGGUCUCCCCCUACGACCAGAUGACAUUAUCCACUUUCUAACAAACCACCCCACUAUCACAACGGUGUGCCUUGAUGGCGUUUUUCUAGUAGGUGGAUCGUGGUCAACCGUGUUCUCGUGCAUCGAGUCUAUGCCUGCUCUGGAGAGCCUUCACCUCAACUCCCUUAGCACAGAACACCAUCACAUAACGAACCUGGAUCCAGUAGAACUCAAUUCCGAUGUAGACCUGGAAGAUAGAGAGAAGUGGGUUCCUUGCGGAGAUGGACAUAUCUUGUACAAUCGGAUUAUGUGCAGAAAGGAAAUCUGUCAAGGGUUGGAUUUUAGACCUCAGCCGGGACCUCGAAACAUUUGGAGUGAUGAUACGUUGGCGUACUUUGACCGUAUCCAGUAUGAGUCUGGACCUCCUUCGCACUCAUGGGUGUGGGAUCCAUUGAAUGAGAAUAUGUAG